CCUUCCCGUGCGGCCUGUGGGCCCGGCCUGAGCGCGGCGAGCGGUGGGGCCCGGCUGUCAGCGCAGCGGAGGUGCUGGUGCCGCCAUGUUCCGCCGCAAGCUCUCUGCGCUCGACUACCACAACCCGGCCGGCUUCAACUGCAGGGAUGAAACAGAAUUCAGAAAUUUUAUUGUCUGGCUGGAAGACCAGAAAAUCAGACACUACAAGAUUGAAGACCGAGGGAACCUAAGAAACAUACACAGCGAUGACUGGCCCAAAUCGUUUGAAAAGUAUAUGAAAGAUGUAAACUGUCCUUUCAAAAUACAAGAGCGACAAGAAACAGUGGACUGGCUGCUCGGCUUAGCAGUUAGGCUCGAGUAUGGAGAUAAUGCUGAUAAGUAUAAGGAUUCUACCCCAGAUGGUGCAAAAAAUACUGAUAAUACAGCAAAAACUGCAGAACCGCUGAUUAACUUGGAUGUGAAUAAUCCCGAUUUCAAGGCUGGAGUGAUGGCUUUAGGUAAUCUCCUUCAAAUUCAGCGACAUGAUGAUUACUUGAUAAUGCUUAAGGCAAUUCGCAUUUUGGUUCAAGAGCGUUUGACGCAGGACGCCAUAGCGAAGGCCAGUCAGUCCAAGGAGGGUUUGCCUGUUGCUUUAGAGAAACACAUUCUUGGUUUUGACACAGGAGAUGCUGUUCUCAAUGAAGCUGCUCAGAUUCUCCGACUGCUGCAUAUAGAAGAGCUCCGAGAGCUGCAAACAAAAAUUAAUGAAGCGAUUGUAGCAGUUCAGGCGAUUAUUGCUGAUCCGAAGACGGACCACAGACUGGGGAAAGUCGGGAGAUGAACAGAGAAAAGCUUUUAGUCUCUUGUGUACUUAGUACAAUUAGGAACUACAUACAGCUCUGUACAACCCUGGCAUGCAGUUUGAAAUGGUAUUAUUUUAUUGUUUUGAAAGAAAACAGGAAAUGGAAUUCUGACUUCUAAGGAAUUAUCAUUUUUCUUUAAAUAAAUGAACUUGGGGAAAAUAGACAAA